GCACAACAGUGGAGAGCCACAGUUAAACGGUGAAACUCGACGAAAUGGAACUCGGUGUUUUUAUUUUUAUUUUGGCGAGCACUUGUCAGCUCACGAGGCUGGUUGACAGAUUGGGUCUCGACCUGGCGAUUACCAAGUCGCAAUUCAGCCCCCAUUCUGAAAAGUGUCAGAAGUUUUUGUUUUAUGGUCAGCAAUCGUCCAGUAAGGACUGCGCACUACUAGAUCUAACGUGCCAGAUUACCAUACAUUUCUGGUUUCAUGCAAAUGACCUCGCUGCGAAGAAUAUGACGGAGAAAGCAUCAUGCAACUGAACGUAUCAGCAUCAGCUGACAGACACCAAGAUAUUCGCAUGCCAUUUAUGACUCGUCUCAAGGGUCUAGAGCCUGAGCUCGCAAAACAACUCGCUCUUGAUUUCGCGGUGCGGUGAAUCCGUGCUGAUCUGCAGAGUGCUGGAAUGGGUAUAUCGUUGCAAUCAAUAUCCCCACACCAUAUGC